AGCAAAGAAUCAGUGCAGGUAGCACACAGAGAGCUACAGUGAGAGAUAACUGAACACUUCCUUUUCUGGCAUACAGAUUUAAAGGUGAUACUAGCUGUGAAAAUGGAAUCUGGAAUGGACCUGAUCCAUGGUUCUGGGAUCCAGAUGGUUCAGUACCUUCAAACCAGCUACAAGGAUUCCCAGAAUUUGUUCCUGUUCAUCUCAUUCGCUGCAGAUUUACGAAACACCUUCUUUGUCUUUUUCCCGAUCUGGUUCCAUCUCUGCGAGUCAGUGGGCAUCAGACUCAUCUGGGUGGCUGUGAUUGGUGACUGGUUGAACCUCAUCUUUAAAUGGAUUCUCUUUGGACAAAGGCCAUACUGGUGGGUCCAUGAAACUGCCUUCUACAGCAACACCUCAGUCCCAGUGGUUGAACAGUUCCCAGUUACAUGUGAAACUGGGCCAGGAAGUCCUUCUGGACACGCAAUGGGCUCAGCUGGAGUUUACUAUGUGAUGGUCACUGCAGUUCUAACCCUCCUGCUUCAGAAGCAACAGCAACAGUUCAAGAAAUGGUGUACUCACAGCUUAUUGUGGAUGGGCUUUUGGGGAGUGCAACUUUGUGUCUGUUUGUCCAGAAUCUUUUUGGCAGCUCAUUUUCCUCACCAGGUCAUUGCAGGAGUCAUUUCAGGUAUGGCAGUAGCUGAAGCAUUUAAUCACAUCCAGUUAUUCUACAAAGCAAGUCUAAAGCAAUAUGCCUGCACAACUGCCUUCCUGUUUCUCUUUGCGCUUGGAUUUUAUCUUCUCCUGAAAGUCUUUGGAGUGGACCUUCUCUGGUCUGUGGAGAAAGCUAAGAGGUGGUGUGUCAAUGCUGAGUGGAUUCAUAUUGAUACGACACCCUUUGCUGGCUUGUUAAGGAACCUGGGUACCCUUUUUGGUCUGGGGUUAGCCCUUAAUUCUCAACUUUAUGCUGAUAAUUGUAAAGGAAAACAAGGACAAAGGCUCAGCUUCAAACUCAGUUGCAUUGUGUUUUCCAUAAUAGUUCUACAUUUAUUCGACUCCUUCAAACCACCAGCUAAGAUCGAACUGCUGUUUUACUUCUUGUCCUUCUGCAAGAGUGCUGCCGUACCUCUGACAGCUGUAGCGAUCAUCCCAUACUGUCUCUUUCACAUCACAAGGACACAUGACAAGAAGAUCUUAUAAACUAUAAAUAAAACACUGUAGCUCUGUGUAAUGUGUUCCAUCCAUGUGAACAAUUAUAAGACUCAGUUAUAGACCACUGAGCUAUGUGGGAACACUUGUAACAAAGACCAUAUGGACUGACUAAAACUAUGGGUGACUUGCUGGACAAGUUACUAAACUUUUUCUGCCUGGGACAGUCUUUUGGGGCAGGGGAGUAGGGUGCUACUAUUGAGAGUUUGACAGUUUUACUGGUUUUAAAUUGCAGUACUCUAGAUUUUAACAAAAAAAAAAAAAUGGACACAAAAAAUUAAAAACACGGGAGUCAUCUGAUGUCAAAUUGAAAGUUUAUAUAAAUACUAAAACAAUAACAUUUAGUCCCUUGUGUGGACUUCGCCUAUGUGGAAUAUUUCCAGGCUGUAAGUAUCAGACACUGAUGGUAAAAAAACAGCCUUCUACCUCAUUGCUCCAAGACUGUAUAGUAUAAAAAAGUUUUUGUAUGUGUUUUGUAACUAAAAACAAUUUCACAGACUAUGUCUGUAUUAACAUUUUUAUUUGUUUCUGAUUUCAAUUUAUAAAAAUAAAUUAUUGUAAAAUA